AUGACAUCAAUACAGCGAGUCGCGGCCAGUGCAGUCCAACUCAACCCCGAAGCCAACUUCUCUCUUUUCCACGCCAACUUCGAUUUCUCCUUGUUCAAAUGUGAAGCCCCUGCCGAGCUUUUGCCCCUUGGGGAGUCUCUCUCCAGGCAACGGCGAGAGUUGGCAGAGGAGGGCUCUUUCCAUAUCCUCGCCCGGCGACUCGGCAUCCUAUUUGAAAAGGUUCUCCCUGAGGUUCCCUCCCUGCUGAAGGCUUACGGUUCCCGUGCCAGUGAGAUUGCAUCUGAGUUGGAUAGAGCCGGGGCACCCUCGAAGAGCAUCGCGGAUGGGAUUUUCGGUCCCCAUUUGGGUCUUGAUACCACAACCAUCUGGGCUGGUGCUACUAGCGGCAGCUGUGCACUGCUGAUGCAUCUUCUUGCCUGUAUGUUAGCUCGAAUAUGGUCCCCUCAGGAAGCAACCGCAAUCUGGGCUGAGCUUGUCGAUGAGCGGCGCCAGGAAAUCAAGAAUCAGGCAAUGGAGAGUGACAAAGCGAGUAAUUUCUUCGCUCAGCAAGCAGCGCUCUACGAGACCGAUUGGUCUAAUCUGCAGGCCUGGGACGCCAGCGCCCGUGCAUGGCUCCAGGUCGCAGAUAAUAGCUCGGUCAAGCAGCAGCAGAAGCGCGUCGAGCUGAUUGCCAAUAACCUAUCGGUGGCAAUCCAGACUCAAGUGACCCCGGAUGGCAUGACAAUCUCAGCACCUGGUAGAAAGAUGGUAUAUGGAAGUGUACUUCACAACUUCCGUGCUGCACUAUUCGCACUGGACAACUUGGUCUCGGGGCAGCCACAGCGCAUACUGGACGGGGGGGUCCUUCUCGGUCUUACAUCCUGGCAUCUGUAUCCGGACCUGGUGAUUCUUGGACCCAAAACAAAGGACGUCUUUCAAAAGGAUCUUCUCAUCGCCCCUUGUGGAGUUGCAACCCUCUCCAUUGCUUACGACGAGGAUCCGAAUGGCAACCAGGACGGCGUCUACUGGUCGUUGCCUCUAUCCAGCCUUCGCUACUAUGGUACAGUCCAACGCAAGCGUUCCUCCUUGCGGGACUCCAAGAAAUUGUCAUUUCCCGAGUUCCAGGCGUUGAUAUUGGGUGCCUCGCUGGACAGCUUGGAUGGCCUUUCUGCGGCUGCCGAUAUUCUGAAGUGUAUCUGGGAGUUCAGUUUCAGCGUGUACCAGGACAUAUUGCAGAAGAUGCAGAGGGCCCCAGCUCGCCUUGACUGGACAGUUAAAUCUCAAAUCACAAAUAUGGAUACCGGUAAGCCCAUGUGGGAAAUGCCAAAGGAGGAAAUACGCGACCUUGGAACUGUGAUGGACCAUCUCCAUCUGCUGUCUCCGUUGAUGGGAGGCAUUGAGCUUUAUUUGUCCAGAGCUGAAGAAGAACGGGCAAAAGCACUCCAGCUUAUUCGAUACGGUGCAAAUUCUGCUGCCUCUUGGAUAGGGAAUAAGAGGCAUAGCUCCGAUCCUCCGUUCUUCGGUGUUGCGGAUUUGGCAUUUAUCCUGGGAGCAAUCCAGACACCGGGGGACCGAGUCCAGGUUCUCCAGAGGAUCUGGCAAUUGCAUGGAUCCCCGUCAGAAGGGUGUAUUAUUCGCUUCCGCAGAGAAGACAGCACAUGGGGCUAUACAUGGCUAUCGUCGACAAAGAGUGCUACCAGCGGAAAGAGAAGCAGGAGAGAAUAUGAAUCGGGGGUGUGCGAAACUGACAGCGUUAGAAUCCCCGAUGAUGAGGACUGGGCGUUUGUGUCCUCCAAGUUGGAUGGCCCCCAGUUUGGUUCUGUUUCGGGAGAUUACUAUUCUUGUGAUUUGCCAGAGUCAAUAAACGGCGAAUUACAUGGGUAUCGUUUCGGUAACUUCAUACGAGACGAGCCCAUGGAGGCUACACCAAUAGUAUGGGACCUGGUGCUGGGGAACCACGGCCUGGCUGGUGUAUACACAAGGCAUGAUAGGCCACCAAUAGCUCGUGAAUCUAUACCACGGUCGACCGUCCCCCUUCCGGUCCUCCGGGAGCUGGUUAACCAUGGAUGCUUGGACUUGGUUACUGUGAUGGAAGGCAUAAAAGGCUUUCUCGCAACUCAUCGUCCGGAUCAUCACUUCUCUCUCCUAGCCCUGGGUCGGGUCAUCGAGCACUACAAGCGCGAGCUACCACAUAUUACAGUGCCGAUGAGCGUUAUCAAGCAGUCACCAUGGACCUGGAGCUGGGCAAAGCUAGUGGUGACGGAACUAAAGAGUCAGCGGCGUACAGCUGCCUCUCUCACGCGCGAUGGAAUCAUCACAGACAAGAUAUAUCCCAGCCCGCUGACGCGUCAGCAAGCGUUUGCGUUGAUCCUCCAGUUUGAAUCCGGCACGCUAUCAGCCGAAGUGAACGAGAUGGAUAAAGUGAUGGCAAUCUCGAGUGGAAAUUCUCUAUUUAUUGCUCAGCGAGUCCUGAGUGAUCCCAUCCCGCCAGACAACAUGGCGUCUUGCGCUGUGGCACACGCUCUCGGAAACGUAGGAAAACCAGGUAUUGCUCUGCUUUUUGCGCCGGAGCAGCCGCUUGUCAGGGAGCAUGAUGUCGAGAGGUGGCAGAUUGUGAAUCACAACCUCUUCGAUGGCAGCCAGGCCGGAGGUGUGUUCGAUGGGUCCUCUUUACACAUGUCCUUUACAGGGUGGGAGGGGCCGUUGAGGGUUCGUGGCCCUUCCGCAUUCAGAGGUAUGGAGGCGUAUAACCUGGAAACGAGGAUCUCCAUGUAUGACCGGGCGGAGUGGGUUGCUGAUCUUAAUAUUCUCGAGUCGUUGACGUCUUCCCCCAACCUCAAAGUCUGCGGAGUGUAUGGUAGACAGUGUGACCAUGAUCCAUCUAUUGCAGCGAGUGGCGCUGAGCUCGUCUCCAUCGACUGCUGGGAGGAGCUCCUGAGCACAGCAGACAGGCCGAUGGUGCUGCGGUCUGGAUCGUCGUGGAUGGUGCGGUUGACGGGGGUCAGUAUUGCCUAUUCCAGGGGGUUCAAGUGCUUUCUCCUCCCUGCACAUAAAGAGUUCUGCUGGACAUGCGUCGUCGAAGAAGCUGAUACGGGGCAAAGAGAGGAUCAGAAGCUGUUAUUCGUAUAUUAA